CAUAGAUUGUCUCUGGUUGUCUUGUCUGUCGUCUCAUGGUCGUCACGUCAGUGUCGGUCGUCCAUUGUUUGUUCUUUGAUUUGCUUGCGCUGAUUUUUGUGUUGUGAGUUUAGGUAGGGUUGUACGGGUAGACAUUUUUGGAGGUCGUGUGGAUAUUUGAGCUACCAUUUCGCGAAAACGAUUACCGUUGGCAUUAUGAACGAGUUGAAGUCCCUGGAACACGCUACUUUGAAGGUGCCGUAUGAGGUAUUCAACAAGCGUUACCGCAAUGCUCAGAGGGUGUUGGACCUUGAAGCUCGGCAGGUAGCGAGUGCCGGGUGUGAAUUAGACACAGCCAGUAGGAAGCAGCCGGUGACAACCGGAGAGAUUGAUACACUACUGGGUGGUAUGGUGGAGCGGCUGACGACCAUGAAACGCAAAGCCUCCGAAGCCAUAAACGAGGAGUUGCAAGCGGCCAUGGUGUGCAAGAAGCGGCUGGAGCACUUGAAGGAGCACGCUGGAGUUUUGACUGAAUCAUGCACGCCUCAGUCCAGGACGGCUAUCAACCAAUGGCGUAGAACCCGUUUAGACCGCAUGCUAGUGGACUAUUUCCUGAGGAAUGGGUAUUACGAAUCAGCCAAUAAGUUGGCAGACGCCAGGGCGUUGAGGGAUCUCACAAAUGUUGACAUAUACUCCGCGGCGGCCGAGGUUGAAGCGGAAUUGUUGCAGCAACGCACGGCUCGGUGUCUGCAAUGGUGCGCUGAUAACAAGUCCAAACUGCGCAAACUCAACUCCACCAUGGAGUUCAAGUGUAGGAUACAGGAGUUUAUAGAACUCGUCCGCGCCGACAAGCGGCUGGAGGCGGUCCGCUACGCAAAGAAACAUUUCUCCACCUACGAAGAGGGACAAUUACAGGACAUUCAGCAUUGUAUGGGCAUGCUCGCUUUCCCAAAGGAUACCGACGUGGAGCCGUACCGCUCGCUGCUGCGGCCUAUGCGCUGGGCGGCGCUGACGCGGCAGUUCCGCGCCGAGCACGCGCGCCUGCUGCACCCGCAGCGGCUGCCCGCGCUGCCCGUGGCGCUGCAGCUGGGGCUGGCCGCGCUCAACACGCCUCAGUGCUACUCGGAGAGCACCAAAGUGUCCGCGUGUCCCGCUUGCCAGCCGCCGCUCAACGCGCUCGCUCGCUCGCUGCCGCACGCUCACUGCAGCCACUCGCGGCUGGUGUGCCGCAUCACGAACGAGCCGCUCAACGAGCACAAUCAGCCGAUGAUGCUGCCUAAUGGACAAGUGUACGGGGAAAAGGCAAUCAAGGAAAUGGUGAAACUUGGAUCCAUCGUGUGUCCGAAGACAAAGGAGGUGUUCUCUAUGAAAAGCGUCGAGAAAGUCUACGUUAUGUGAACUAAAUAUAUUGUAUACUUGUAUAUACUUGAUGUUGACAUAACUAUGCUUUUUUAACCGUUAAGAACAAUGUUCCUUUCAUGGUAUAUUUUUGAUAGUAAGAUAUUCAGUAUAUAAAAUUAAGAACAAAAAUAUGGCGUGACUGGAGCAUUUGUCAUUUUAAAUUUUUUUAUAAGGCAUUUUAAAUUGCGCUGACUAUUUGUAAGCCAUCGACUAGUUUACGUUCAUGCCAAAUUGAUUGUAAAGAGAUCGUCAGAGAGAAGGUUUAAACAGUUUAAAAAUUUCCAUGAAAUAUAAGAUGGGUUUUUGUCAGAUGUAAAUAAUAUUAAAAAAAUAAUAAUUUGCACACAACAACAAGUAACUAAUUAUUCAAAAACAGACAAGAAGUCUUUGAGAACACCGCGAAGAUUAUAGAAUUCUCCUUGGGACACAAGCCUUUGAUUGGAACCCGCCAGGGUAAACAUUGAAAGUACCCGCUAUAAAGGCUCCUAUACACCAGGGCAAUAUUGUGCGGAAUUGCGGCAACACUGGUAUAUAUACUGAAUAUUUGCGAAUUGAAACAAUAUUUUAUUUAUUACGAACUAUUUAUAUGGUAUAUAAUAUUCUUCUAUUAUCUGUUUAAAUGCUUUUUUUUACCUUUCCUUAUAAAUGUUUCUGAAUAGCCUCCGACAAAUGGUCCAUAUUGGGCACCAAAAAUAUGAAUGGCAUAAUAUGAAGACUGCAUAACGUGUUUUAGCAUAAUCAUCAUUUCGCAUAAAGUUUUUUAUAUGAUUGCGAAAUUAUGAGAAAAAAUGUUAUGCGAAGUUUUAUAGUCAAGCCGUGUGGAUUCUGAUCCGUAAUUGCCUUUUUGGUUGGUGACUUUGUGGACUCGGCUAUUUUCUAGGAACAGUGUUGCCUUACAUAAGCUAACGCAUGCAAAAACUAUUUUUCGCCACUACCGUACCUGGGAUGCCGUAACGGAGCCUUUACAAAAAGGAGCGCCACAUUUAGUGAAUCAAUCAAAGGUGAUUUCACAUGUUUACAUCUGUGGCGACAUCUCUACGCCACUCGUCACAACAUCCAAUCAAACAACUACUGUCAAUCAUCGCGAAGAACUUCCAACGUCAAACUAGAAUGGUGGCAAAAGUGUUUAUACUUGGAAGGAAAGAGGUAUUGCAAUAUAUUUGACCUGCUUUGGCUAAUUAAUAUCACAGGAGCUUGUAUAUAAUCUAAAAUAAAAAUUACUUUUCGAAUGACAUAUCCUCUGGUAAUUGGUGUAAAAGAGAAUUAAAAAAAAAAACAAUUUUGGAUUUUGUGAAUAUGGCUUCAGUCAGUGAAGCAUUGUGAUUGAUAUACUAUUUGCAUUUACACGUGCAGUUGGUUUCUUAUUAUUGCAAAGUUAGUUUUAUUGUAAUAAAGUUUUAAUUUCUCAAAUUUUCUACAAAAAGAAAUUAUUGAAACGCAAUGCUCAUUUGAAAAGAUUAUUUUGAAUAUUUUUAUAAAGUUAUUACAAAAAAUUGAGCCUGGGCAUAUAAAUUUAUCGUUGCUGUGGUGUUGCCAUAAAAAAAGAAUGUAAAAUUUAAGGAAUGUUGCAUGUUUUGUGAUUUAGGUAAGUGUUUGUACGACAAUACCAGGAUUGUCAUCGAAUCAUGUUGAGUAUCUUUCGUAUGAAAAUACUUACGUUUUUCGCACAUAAUAUACUUUAAACGCUGCAUGUUAGUUGGAAUAAGUACUCUUUGUAUCAUAAAAUAAUAAUGUUACUUUGGAGAAUAAACGCAAGUUAUAAAAAUGUAA